ACCGUCAUUUAUUGUGUGUUACACAACUUGAUUUCAGAAUCAUCAAGUAAAGUAGCUUUUUUCAAUUUUAAAUCUUUAGUCAUGAUUUCAUCGAAUACUCCAAUAGUCUCUUAAUCGGAGUAUACUGUUCUCGCUCAAAACUAUAUAAGCUUUUCUUUGAUGGCCUGUCAUAAGUGAGAUUAUGUGGAGCAUUUUCGUAUUUUCUUUGAGACAUAAACUGUGCAACUCGACACUACCGUACAUAAUUUGUUGUUUACAUCUGCGAAAAUAUGUGUGAUAAGUUCAUUCAAAAUUGCGUAAUGUGAACAAUUUAGCAGCCGGCUUCUGAGGUAAAAUCAUGGUUUUGCAGAGUAUCACAGACCUUGAUGAUGACGUUUAUCCGGGUGUUCAAGAGUAUGCCCGAUGUCAAUCAAAGGCAUUUUUGAAAGGCUUCAUUGGUUUUGUAGCAGGUGGAGCUGCAGGGUUAACAGCAAGUAUCUAUGCUCGGCAAAGAUAUGCUGCUAGGUUCACCCCAUCUCACACAGUUUCAGCAAUAGCAGGUGGAGCUAUUGUAUUUGGCUACCUGGCAGCAUCUAUCGCAUCCAGAGACUGCCAGAAGAACUGGGUAAGAAUGGCUCAAGCAGCGGGCUACAACGAUGAUGUCGUUACACCACACAGAACAGUCACAGAGCAACCCACCACGCCGCCAGCUCAGGGCAAUACCUCAAGUGCAAUAGCAAGUCGUGGAGGUCAAGACGAGGUUGAUGGUUCUGUUUCUAUGAAGACCAAAUAUGGAGAUACAAUGGACUAGAUGUUGGAUAGUUGGAGGACUGGGGAGCGUUUCACAAAACUUGUCAUAAGUGACACAUGACAUUUUUCGUUAUAAGCUACUGAAAUCCUUGCUUCUGAUUGGUUAUCAGCAGAUUUGUCACUGAUAUUUGUCAUUUGUCAUUGAAAAAAGGCCUUGUGAAACAGGCCUCUACUGUGUAGCCAUGAACUUGUCUGGCCGGCAACUUCAACACGGGAUGUUGAUGGACAUAUCUUAGGAAUCAAAUUCCUUGGAAUGUAGAUAGUAAUGUCAGAGACAUUAGAAGAUAUCAAAAGGCAAAAAGAGACUAUAUGACAGAAAUCAUGAGAGGUAAAAAAAGGGAGAAAAAGGAGGGGUAGAGAGAAGGGGAGGGUGGUGAAAUAUAUAUUAAGAGAGAGCUGAGAGAAAGAAUAUCCAAUAUCUGCUAGAUAUGUCCAAGAACAAUGUAUGGGAAUUCACCCCCCCCCCCCCCAUUCUACUCCAACCUUAAUCUACUUUGCUCCACUUCUGCAAAAGAAACUGCCACCUACAAACCUGAACUAUGCACUGAAAACUGGGCAGAGAAAGCUCUUUGAAGUGGAUCUUAGAAAAUUAAUGAUUUAAUGUGUGAUUUAGAGUUUAUACUAGCUAUAAUUAAAAAGUUGUGAAGGCUGUUUGGAGAUAUAACUGGUAUGGAGAAAUCUUUGUACUGGCAGAGAAUCAUGUUUAAUAAAUUAUAUGAUUUUAUCUGAAUAAACUUUGUGUGCUGUUGUAUGUUAUAGUAGUCUAGUGUAGAAAAACAUCACCAGCAAAGAUUGAUACUUCAUGACAGGAUAUGUCUAUUUAAACAAAAACAACAGAUUAAAACAAAGUUGUUUUAGUGUGCUUUUUUUUAUUUGUGGUACAGAACUUUUUAUAACAUUUACAUUUGUUCAUGGUUGAAACAUUCUGAAAAAGUAAACAAUGUAAAACACAUGAUUUAAUCUGGUAUAUAAACACAGUGGCAUACUUCAAAGUACUUGGAGCUCAGACUAGAAAUAAUAAUAAAAACAUGAAUCUUCUAACACAUACGACGGCAGUGCCAAGGAAGGAAAGAGUUACUGUUAAAGAUGUUCAUGCUUGGGUAUAUAGUCAUUCUGGAAGUAGGCAACUUGGCGAUCACUCCCGAUCACUACAUAACACUGAGCCAAUGGGUAUUACGCUCCUGUGCGUACGUUCGUGUGCUGCACUCUUUAUACCUACGCUUGAGUAACUUUAAAGGAAAAAUAGUUGAAAAUAGUUACAUCUUAAAACUCAACUUUACGUAAUCUUUGCAAUUGAUGAACAAGCCGCAUGAUUGUUCAUCAAAUCAAAAUACAAUAUAAGAACGAGUACAAAAACAAGGACAACAUGAUGUACGGUAAUAAAUGAACUUAAUAAAAAAAA